AUGAUAUCAUACGCCAACAAACCCAACACCAAGGAAGAAGAGUCUUGGAGUUCCAAUAUUAGCCCCGAAAAACGCCCUCGAUUGGAAAGGUUCAAAGGGGUCGUCCCACAACCAAACGGGCAUUGGGGCGCCCAAAUAUAUGCAAACCAUCAACGCAUAUGGCUCGGGACAUUCGAAUCCGAAGUCCAUGCUGCCAUGGCCUAUGAUAGCGCUUCCAUCAAACUCCGUAGUGGUGACUCUCACAAAAACUUCCCUUUAUCUCAUACUACCUCUCUAUUGGAGAAUAAGUUCCAAAUGCUUUUCACCACCGAUGUCGUUUUAGGCAUGAUCCGAGAUGGGUCGUACCCUUCUAAGUUUGCUGAUUUCUCAAAACACCAAUCAUUACAAAACCGGAUUGUUGAUCGCGACCCAUUCUCUUGCACGCUACUUUUCCAAAAGGAGUUAACUCCGAGCGAUGUGGGAAAGCUCAAUAGGCUUGUCAUCCCCAAAAGGUACGCGGUCAUGCAUUUUCCGAGCAUGUCCGAUUCUCAAAACACGGAUGAGGUGCAACUCGAGUUUUACGACAAGAAGAUGAGCUUGUGGAAGUUCCGGUAUUGCUAUUGGAAGAGUAGCCAGAGUUUUGUGUUCACGAGAGGUUGGAAUAGAUUUGUCCGAGAAAAGGGGUUGAGGACAAAUGACACCAUUGCGUUUUACGUGUGUAACACGCGAUUCGGGCAAUCUUUUCUCGUCAUUGACGUGGUGUGGAAAAAAUCGGGACUUGAUGAUGGUAAUGAAGAUCGUAAGGUGGAGGUCGGAGAUGGAGACACUUUUGUUAGGACGUUUGACGAUUCGAAUCGCAACCGCAACUCCAAAGGGUUUAGGCUUUUUGGAGUCCAAAUUGUUGACUAA